AUGGACGUCGACGUGGACGUGGACGUGGACGUGGACAUGGACGUGGACGUGGACAUGGACGUGGACAUGGAUGUGGGAAGGGGAUGGGGGGAAGUAGGGAAGGGGAUGGGGGGAAGCAGGGAAGGGGAUGGGGGGAAGCAGGGCAGGGGAUACGGGGUAAGAGGGGAUAGGAUAGGGGGAAGCACGGCUAGGGAUACGGGGAAGCAGGGAAGAGGAUGGGGGGAACGUGGGCAGAUGCCGGGGAGAGAGCUGGGGGGAGGAUGGUGGGGAGCAGAGAGGGAAUCAAAACGCUAUGGGGAGAGGGGAAGAGCGGAUGGAAACGCGGAGGAGGACAUGGACGUGGACAUGGACGUGGACGUGGACGUGGACGUGGACAUGGACGUGGACAUGGACGUGGACGUGGACGUGGACAUGGACGUAGACGUGGACGUGGACAUGGACGUGGAUGUAGACGUGGACGUGGACAUGGACGUGGACGUGGACGUGGACGUGGACGUGGACAUGGACGUGGACGUGGACGUGGUUGUGGACGUGGACGUGAACGUAGACGUGGACGUGGACGUAGACAUGGACGUAGACGUGGACGUGGACGUUGACGUGGACAUGGACGUGGACAUGGACGUGGACGUGGACGUGGAGGAGUUGGACGUGGACAUGGACGUGGACGUGGACAUGGACGUGGAAGUGGACGUGGACGUGGACGUGGAGAACUUGGACGUGGACAUGGACGUGAACGUGGACGUGGACAUGGACGUGGAGGACUUGGACGUGGACAUGGACGUGGACGUGGACGUGGACAUGGACGUGGGCGUGGACAUGGAGGUGGACGUGGACGUGGACGUGGACCUGGACGUGGACGUGGACGUGGACGUGGUCGUGGACGUGAACGUGGACGUGGACGUGGACGUGGUCGUGGACGUGGACGUGGACGUUGACAUCGACGUGGACGUGGACGUGGACGUGGAGGUGGACAUGGACGUGGACGUGGACGUGGACGUGGACGUGGACGUGGACGUGGACGUGGUCGUGGACGUGGACAUGGACGUGGACGUGGACGUGGACAUGGACGUGGACGUGGACGUGACGUGGACGUGGACGUGGACGUGGACGUGGAUUGGACGUGGACGUGGACGUGGACGUGGACGUGGACCUGGACGUGGACGUGGACGUGGACGUGGACUGGACGUGGACGUGGACAUUGACGUGGACGUGGACGUGGACGUGGACGUGGACAUGGACGUGGACGUGGACGUGGACGUGGACGUGGACGUGGUCGUGGACGUGGACAUGGACGUGGACGUGGACGUGGACGUAGACGUGGACGUGACGUGGACGUGGACUGGACGUGGACGUGGACGUGGACAUGGACGUGGACGUGGACGUGGACCUGGACGUGGACGUGGACGUGGACGUGGACGUGGACUGGACCUGGACGUGGACCUGGUCGUGGACCUGGACGUGGACCUGGACGUGGACGUGGAUGUGGACGUGGACGUGGACGUGGACGUGGACGUGGACGUGGACGUGGAGGUGGACGUGGACGUGGACGUCGACGUGGACGUCGAGGUGGACGUGGACGUGGACGUGGAGGUGGACGUGGAGGUGGACGUGGACGUGGACGUGGACUGGACACGUGGACGUGACGUGGACGUGGACGUGGACCUGGACGUGGACGUGGACGUGGACGUGGACGUAGACGUGGACGUGGACGUGGACGUGGACGUGGACGUGGACAUCGACAUGGACGUGGACGUGGACGUGGACGUGGACUGGGACGUGGACGUGGACGUGGAGUGGACGUGGACGUGGACGUGGACGUGGACGUGGACGUGGACGUGGACAUGGACGUGGACGUGGACGUGGACGUGGACGUUGACGUGGACGUUGACGUGGACGUGGACGUGGACGUGGACGUGGACGUGGACCUGGACGUGGACUGGACCUGGACGUGGACCUGGUCGUGGACCUGGACGUGGACCUGGACGUGGACGUGGACGUGGACGUGGACGUGGACGUGGACGUGGACGUGGAGGUGGACGUGGACGUGGACGUGGAGGUGGACGUGGACGUGGACGUGGACGUGGAGGUGGACGUGGAGGUGGACGUGGACGUAGACUUGGACGUGGACAUGGACGUGAACGUGGACGUGGACGUGGACCUGGACGUGGACGUGGACGUGGAUGUGGACGUCGACGUGGACGUGGACGUGGACAUGGACGUGGAGGUAGACGUGGAGUGGACGUGGACGUGGACGUGGACGUGGACAUGGACGUGGACGUGGACGUGGACGUGGACGUGGACGUGGACGUGGACAUGGACGUGGACGUGGACGUGGACGUGGACAUGGACGUGGACGUGGACGUGGACGUGGACAUGGUCGUGGACAUGGACAUGAGCAUGGACAUGGACGUGGACGUGGACGUGGUCGUGGACGUGAACGUGGACGUGAACGUGGACGUGGUCGUGGACGUGGACGUGGACGUGGACCUGGACGUGGACGUGGACGUGGACGUGGAGGUGGACAUGGACGUGGACGUGGACGUGGACGUGGACGCGGACGUUGACGUGGACGCGGACAUGGAUGUGGACAUGGACAUGGACGUGGACGUGGACGUGGAUGUGGACGUGGACGUGGACGUGGACGCGGACAUGGAUGUGGACGUGGACAUGGACGUGGACGUGGACGUGGACGUGGACGUGGACGUGGACGUAGACGUGGACGUGGACGUGGACGUGGACAUGGACAUGGACGUGGACGUGGACGUAGACAUGGACGUGGACGUGGACGUGGAAGUGGACGUGGACGUCGACGUGGACGUGGACGUGGAGGACUUGGACGUGGAUGUGGACGUGGAUGUGGACGUGGACGUGGACGACUUGGACGUGGACAUGGACGUGAACAUAGACGUGGACAUAGACGUGGACGUGGACGUAGACAUGGACGUAGACGUGGACGUGGACGUAGACGUGGACAUGGACGUGGACGUAGACGUGGACGUGGACGUAGACGUGGACGUGGACGUGGACGUGGUCGUGGACUUGGACGUGGACGUGGACGUGGACAUGAAGGUGGACGUGGACGUGGACAUGGACGUGGACGUGGAUGUGGACGUGGACAUGGACGUGGACGUGGACGUGGACGUGGACAUGGUCCUGGACGUGGACAUGGACGUGGACGUGGACAUGGACGUGGACGUGGACGUGGACGUGGACGUGGACAUGGACAUGGACGUGGACGUGGCGUGGACGUGGACAUGGAUGAACAUGGACGUGGACGUGGACGUCGACGUGGACAUGGACGUGGACGUGGACAUGGACGUGGACGUGGACGUGGACGUGGACGAAGACCUGGUCGUGGAUGUGGACGUGGACGUGGACGUGGACAUGGACGUGGACGUGGAUGUGGACUUGGACGUGGACGUGGACGUGGACAUGGACGUGGACGUGAACGUGGACGUGGACGUGGACAUGGACAUGGACGUGGACGUGGACGUGGACAUGGUCGUGGACAUGGACGUGAACGUGGACAUAGACGUGGACGUGGACAUGGACGUGGACGAGGUCGUGGACUUGGACGUGGACGUGGACGUGGACAUGGUCGUGGACGUGGACGUGGACGUGGACAUGGACGUGGACGUGGACGUGGACGUGGACAUGGACGUGGACGUGGACGUGGACAUGGUCGUGGACGUGGACAUGGACGUGAACGUGGACAUGGAUGUGGACGUGGACGUGGACAUGGACGUGGACGUUGACGUGACGUGGACGUGGACAUGGACGUGGACGUGGACGUAG